UGCAUCCCCUACUCAGUGAGCGCACCAGAGCCAUGCAGUGAGGAGUCCCAGCUGUGACCAUCCAUUCCCCAGAGCAGCCUGCAGACAGCUCCCUGCCCCACUGCCAGCCAGGACUGAACCCGCGCAGUGAAGAACAGAGUAGCGCACCCCAACUCAAGAUGCAGAGGUGGACUAGUCUCCUGUUUCUAUCUUUGAUCUUUUGCGCCACCCUCUCAGAGACCUUUGGACUCGUUUUAUCAGCAAAAGAAAAAAGGGGCUGGACUUUGAAUAGUGCUGGUUACCUACUUGGGCCACGUCGUAUUGAUCAGCUUUUACUGAUACAGGAAAUGCCCAUUGCAAGGGGGAGAGAAGAGGCACCUGGGGAAUAUGCAGUAGAUAAUCACAGAUCUUUUAUUGACAAACAUGGCCUAGCUGGUAAACGUGAGAUACAGCCCGAAGAGGAUAUAAAAAUAGGUAAUCUUGGGAGACCAGUGGUUGACGACAAUGUUGUACGCACAGUAAUUGAAUUUUUGACUUACUUGCAUCUUAAAGAGGCUGGGGCACUAGAUAAUCUACUUUCAUCAGAAGAAACAAAUCAGUCCUGAAAAAUAAUGUAUUUAUACUUUGUUGUAUUGUAAAUGAAGACUAAACUCUAAACAGAGCUUUAAAUGAACAGAAGAUGGUGAUUAUUGUUUACAUUACUCUUAUACAGAG